AUGGCCAUCCGCCACUGGAAUGGUGUCCACAUGCUGAGUGGAUCUCCCUUCUUCAGUAGUGCUCUGCGUCACUCCCAAAUCUGUCCCAAAGACUUUGAGAGCCCUCCAGGGUUGCUUCUGGUAGAGUGUGGAGGCUGCCGUGAGGAGGAAGAGGAAGUCGCAAUGCACAAGUCUGCUCAUGCAGCAUUAGAUGUUGUCUCUGGCUGCAAACAGGAAACCAGGGUUUCUGAGACUGUACAGCUGAUGACAUUGCAGAGAAGAGGAGGAGGAGAAGCGUGUCGAAGUUCAAGAAACUUUUGUUCUUGUAAUUGCUGGUGGUCAGCAAGACUGUUGACGCUCAGGGAAACAGGCGUUCCUGGCUCAGGGAGUGUGCAGGCCCCAUGCGGCCUCAGCAGAUUUGACAGCCCUGCUCACAACCCGAUUUCCUGUUUCUUCCAGGUCAAGAGUGAAGGCCCCAAGCUCGUGCCCUUCUUUAAAGCCACCUGUGUCUAUUUUGUGCUUUGGCUGCCAACAUCCAGCCCUUCCUGGUUCAGUGCCCUCAUCAAGUGUCUGCCCAUCUUCUGCUUAUGGGUCUUCCUGCUGGCACAUGGGAUCAAUUUCCUGAUGGCCCAUCGCAGCGCCUGUGGCAUCUUUGCUGGUCUGAUAUUUUCAGCUGUGGGAGAUGCAUUCCUCAUCUGGCAAGAGCAAGGCUACUUCAUUCACGGACUGCUGAUGUUUGCCAUCACACACAUCCUGUACUCCUCGGCAUAUGGGAUGAAACCAUUAGACCUGAAAGCUGGCCUUGUGAUGGCCCUGAUGUCGAGUUUCUGCUACACCUUCCUGUAUGCCUACCUCUCGGGUCCGUUUACCUACCUGGUAGCCGUCUACAUUGCCUUGAUUGGCUUCAUGGGAUGGCGGGCCAUGGCCGGGGUGCAGCUGUGCAAUGACCUUUGGACGUGGACCAAGCUCUCAGCUUGCAUCGGCUCAGUGCUCUUCAUGGUGUCAGACCUAACCAUCGCCGUCAACAAGUUCUGCUUCCCUGUGCCCUACUCGCGAGUCAUCAUCAUGGCCACAUACUAUGCAGCUCAGAUGCUCAUUGCACUUUCUGCUGUGGAGAGCAGAGACGAAGAGAUCUUCCGGAAGAGGAAGUAGAAGAGAAGCUCUCUGUAGCAGCAUUCACCCCCAGGGUGUCUCUGACUUUUUGAGCAAAUUAACAAUUGCAGAUCUUGCUUCCUCGAAGCAGUUUUGCUAGCAUUUAGCUGGCUGUCCUCACUUUCAGUUUGCUGGAGUGUAGAAGCCACACUGGAAGUGUAGGUUGUUCCUACAGAACCUACUGUUUGACCUUUUCCAUCAUGGAAAUUUCAGGAAGCCUCUCUAAAAUUUCUCUGUAUUUGUGUAACGCUGAAGCUGGUGCUGAACAUUCCAGAUAGAGAAGGCUCCAUUCUAGACAAUAUUUUAAAAAAAGAUGGCUUAGGAAUACCCUGGGGGUUAAGAGCCUCACCUUCCACACUGAAUGGGUCAGGUCAAUUGAAAAUGAGCCUCAGAACUGUCUGACCAAGCCCUGCUUUUUGUGCAUACGGUACAACUGUGAAACACUCGUCUUAGUACACAAGGAAUCCCCAGGGCCCAGUUCAGAUGACAGAAUGCAGGAACACUUGUGGGGAUUUGUAAGGAUAGUAGAGCAUGUAUUAUCCCUGGGAGAAACUAGUCUGAAUUCCAGAUUUAUACAACCAUUGAUUGGUAGGCCAUUCAAAGCCUUUCUUCUGAAUGUGAAUCCUGCAGAGCAUCACUUGUUCUGCAGACUUUAAAAGCAACAACAAAAUGCAACGAUCUUCUCAGGCAUGCAAGGGAUGGGGGGAAGUGAAAAACUCUUUUAAAAAGCAGAUAAUGAUCUAUGGUUAAUCCACUUUUCUAGCAGACAGUUUCCAGCAUGCAUAACCUCAGUGCAUCAGAACAUGGACGCGGAAGAACACUUGAGUGUUCUCAGAGUCUAAGUCACCAGUUUUGUUGGCUGAAUUAAUGGGCCAAGAAAACCACCUGCUUGUCAGGCCUGCUGUCAUUGCUAUGCCAAAAUGGUCUGAGAUGAACUUGGAGUCAGCUUUUCCUCCUCGGCUCCCCUCCAAAAUCUCAAGAGGAAUCACUGUAUCGAAAGAAGCAUUACCAGUGAUGCACCCUAAAUGAGAGGUUCUUUGGUUGCUGUGAGCGAAGGCCGUGGUAUGGACCUGAAACAUUAGCAAGUUGGCAUUUCUACUAUGAACUUGGUGGAUUAUCAGGGAACAAUAUUUAUUUACACUGAAGCCUACAGGCUCCCCUGUAUUUCAACAUGUGUCUCUGUGUACCUGCCUCUGUGUACAUGUGCACACGACUAUCAAGUUACUUGCCCACCACCUCCAGCCAGAGCGGCAGAGUCUGCCGAUGCCUUCAUCCCUACAGCUGCAAUGCGGGUCAUGCCUACCUUUGGUACAGCCUAUCACCAAAGUGCUGAGAGACCAAUGAAUACUCCCACGCUCCCAAGCCAUGCACCCGUUUCCACUGGGCAGCACCAAGUUACUGUGGUUCAGACUGGGAGGAAAGUGCAGUGUGGAACUUCCCGAUGAUUUUUGCCACUAUGAUUUGGUGUCAGGUUGCGAAAUGGGUUGAGUUGACCCGCACUUCAGCAGUCAGUGUGAAGACCCUCGAUCCACGCCCUCCUGGCUGUAUGUGAGAGUUUGGGGGGAGUAUAUCUUACCUACUAACUGCAAUGUAUCUUUUUCUUGGUCCACUUCUCGUCACAAUCAAGAACGCAGCUGUCAAUUAAGUGUUUAAGGGCAUCAUCUUAUGCAUGUUAGAAAGAAAAAAGCUUGACAACUCCCAACAUUCCUCAGUGAGCAUGGUUUGCUGGGAAAUGC